AUGUCUAAUAAUAAGAUAUUAUUCAAGCAUUUGUUUAACUCGAGAGGCGAUGACUGGCGACGACUGCGGUCUAUAUUAAGUCCGACAUUCACUUCCGGGAAAAUGCGGAAAAUGUAUCCAAUGGUGAGGGAGUGUCUCAACGACCUGUUGGAUCAGUUAGAUGUAUGCGCUGUAAAUGGCAAUGACAUCAACCUUAAGGAUAUGAUGGGGAACUACACUAUGGAUGUGAUCGCCAGGUGUGCCUUCGCUACCAAAACCAAUGCACACAAAGACCCCAACAAUCCGUUCGUUACAAACGCUAAGAAAAUCUUUUCAUUUCCAUUCUUUCGGAUCCUUUUGAUUAUACUUUUGCCCAAAACUGUUCGCAAAGUGUUUGGCAUUAAUACGAUCGAUGAUAAUGUCAACCAAUUCUUCUUCGAUAUAACUAAACAAGUGAUACAACAGAGGAAGAGCUCAAAAGAUAGUCAUAAGACAUACAAUGAUUUCAUUAAACUUCUUGUGGACGCGGAGUAUCAGAAAGAAGAACUCAUGGAUGAGAAAGAUAUCAGUGAAUCGUAUCACGUGAAUGAGGAAAUGGAUUCAAAACCAUUAACCAGAAACUUAUUAUCCAUUGAUUCGUCGAACAAACGCUUAAGUGAUUAUGAAAUCCAAGCCCAGGGAUGGGUAUUUUUUGUGGCGGGUUAUGAGACAACGGCAACCACUUUGUCCUUCUGUUCGUAUCAGUUGGCACUCAAUCCGCACAUUCAGGACCGACUGUACGAAGAGGUGGAGGGAGUGGUUGACUCGGACGGGGAGAUUAAAUACGAUGAAUUGGUAAAACUACCGCUUUUAGACGCCAUUCUCUCGGAGACACUCAGACUAUAUCCACCACUCGUGAGACUCACGAGAAAAUCAAAGUCUGACUACAUGUUAGGCGACACCGGAAUCCAGUUAUAUGGCGGACAAGACAUAAAGAUUCCGGUCUAUGCUAUACACCAUUCAGAAGAAUUCUACCCGAAUGCCGACAAAUUUGAUCCUGAUAGGUUUAUGCCACACAAUCGACAUAACAUAAACCCUUACAUAUACCUGCCCUUUGGUGCCGGCCCUCGACAUUGCAUUGGUAUGCGAUUCGCGUUAAUGGAAGCGAAGUUAGCCGUUCCCUUGAAGUUCAAGACAAUCACGAGAAUAUGUGCGGCUGAGAAGGUAGUGGUCGGUAUUGAAAAGAGAUAA